AUGUCGUGGAUGGGGAUGUCUCAGUUUUACGCAGGUGUAUAUGAGGUGGUGGAUGAUCCAUCACUGGAUUCAAUAAUCUCAUGGAGCAAAAGCAACAAGAGUUUCGUCAUUUGGGAUUCGAAAGAGCUAGUCUUUCGAGAUGCUUCCGCAACAAGUUGUCACAGUUUAUCAGCGAUCUUUGUUGAAUCCGAGUUUGAGAGUUCACGUCCCUCGGUCGUCGCGGAACAGGGUUGGGGAGAUGUUUUUCAGACGUGUUCUACGGUGAAGAGUGUGCCAUCACUGUUAAGAGGAUGCGAGGCUGAUUGUGCGACUUUCAUUAUCCCCAGAGCGGACCAACGCCCUUGGUCUGCUCGGAUUGGUUUCUACUGCGUUUAUGAGUCCCUUUUCGAGAAGGACUCGAAGCUUUGGUUUCCAAUCCCUCGCUUGAUUACUUCUUACUGUUCGCGGCGAGAUAUCGCUCUGACCAAGUUAAUGAUUGGGACCGCUAGGAUUGCAGUGGCACUAAUGGUGAUGGCAGCGGAAGCAGAUGUGUCGAUGUCCGUCCGCUUUUUCGAAGAGCUAACGCAGACUCAGCCCAAGCUGAAUGGCAUCUACGCAGUGCAGAUGCGAUCGGGUCUCCAUAUCUUAUCGGGUCAUCCAUCGCGAACCAAAUAUUGGCAGCGUUCUUACUUCUAUGUUAGGGCAGAUAAAAUUGCUUUCGAGGAACCUCCGGGCGAUAACUCUCAAUUUUUGUGGAGCCAUCUUGACCGUCCCAACACCGUCGUAUACCCGGAGGAUUUCUGGUACGAAGUUCAUAAGAUCAUGGCGUUGAGUGAGCAGCAGUGGAAGAGUUUCGACCGGAUAAGGAUUCCUAACCAGCAAAGACGAAUCGCCAAAGUUGACUGGGCGUCGAACAUUCCUUGUGAAGAAACGAAGGGAAAAAGAAUGCCGCUUCCACUCAUGGGCAAAAUUACGAGGGCAUACCCUAGUUACAGUGACAUUGGGUGCCGAGAGUUUCAGUUCCAUGACCGCCGUAAGAUCAGGUCGACUACGCCGCUGAGAAACAAACCUCCAAACAAGGCUAAGGUGCGCUCCGAAGAGGAAGAACCUGGGCCCGGGAUGAGCUGCAAGGAAGUUGACCACUCGAUCGAUAAGAUAGGGGGAGAAGGCGAGGAUGUUCGGGUAGAAAAUCCGAAGGGAUUGACUGGGAAGAAAAGGAAGAGGCGGCCGAAGGAUAUUGUCAGUCGUUCGGCCGACGAUAGCGAGGAGCUCGUCGUUUCUCUGCCAGCUGGUCGUCACGAUGGACCGCUUGUCAACGACCAAGCCACGUGUAGUAACUUGAUGCGUCAAAUCAGAGGAGGAACUAGAAGGAUGCCGGAGGUAACUGAGCUCGCGUUCCUGGAUAAUUUUUCUGAGUCUGCUCGCGCAGAUUCUACGGCCGUUGCUUGA